AUGCAAAAAUAUCUCCAAAACACCUUUGCUAAAUAAUUAAAUAAAGCUUCAUUUGCUUAAUUCGGUCAUUCUGGACAUGCAAAUAAAAAACCUCCCGUGAGAGUGGCAAUUACAGGAGCAGCUGGAUAAAUUGGUUACUCCUUAAUAUUUAGAAUUGCAAGCGGAGAGAUGUUGGGACCAAAUCAACCAGUUAUUCUUCAUUUGAUCGAUUUACCAUUUGCUAUGGCUGCAUUGAAUGGAGUAGUAAUGGAAAUUCAAGAUUGUGCAUUCCCACUUGUCAAGGGAAUAGUAGCAACAGACAAUCAAGCAGUUGGAUUCAAAAAUGUUGAUUAUGCUCUCCUUGUCGGUGCAAAACCCAGAGGUCCAGGAAUGGAAAGAGGAGACCUCUUAAAAGACAAUGGUAAAAUAUUCACUGAAACUGGAAAGCAUAUUAAUGAACAUGCCAGUAGAGAUAUAAAAGUGGUUGUUGUUGGUAAUCCAUGCAAUACAAAUUGCUUAAUUUUAGCAAAUCAAAUUAAAGAUAUUCCAAAAGAAAACUUUACAGCUAUGACAAGAUUAGAUCAUAAUAGAGCACAACAUCAAUUAGCUGACAAAUUGGGAGUUCAUACUACCGAUAUCAGAAAAAUAGCCAUCUUUGGAAAUCAUUCCCCCACCAUGGUACCCUAUAUUGAUUAAAUGACAGCAAAAAAUCAUAAAGCCACUGUAGAUUAAUAAUGGGUGUCCUAAACUUUUAUUCCAACUGUUCAAUAAAGAGGAGCUGAAAUCAUCAAGGCUAGAAAACUGUCCAGUGCAGCUUCAGCAGGAAAUGCUGCCAUGAAUCACAUUACUACUUGGGUUAAUGGAACUUCUGAAAGUGAUUUUACAUCCAUGGCCAUUCCUUCUGAUGGUAGCUAUGGUGUCCCCAAGGGAUUGAUUUUCUCAUUUCCUGUUUCUGUCAAAAAUGGAAAAUACUCCAUUGUUUAGGGAUUGCCAAUUUCACCCUUCUACUAAGGCCUUCUUGAUAAAACCAUAAAGGAAUUAGUUGAUGAGAGAAAUGCAGUCGAUCAUUUGCUUAAAUGAUAUUCCAUAUUUAAUCAAUCCAUAUUAAAAUAUUAAUAAAUUAAAUUAUUAA